AUGUCAGCUAGAGCGUCAAGGCUCCGGCUUGAGGAAGAGCUCAGGAAUAUCUCGGAGCAGGAGGAAAGGCUUGAUGGGGAAGUGAAUCAGCUCCUGCAGGCGAAGGCCGCGGCCACGGGCCCGGGCGCGCCCGAAGAACUUCCUCCGGCGGUGGCACUGUCGAACGGUCACCAUCCUCCGAAAGCUGGCGCAGCAGCAGCAGCAGCAGCGCCGACGGAAGUGGGGGGGGGUGCAGACGCCAAGACUCCUCAAGAUGUAGAUAACGGAACGGUUGUUGUUGUUGCCGCGGGCGGGGCGGCGGCGGACGGGGAGGGGGGCCUGGCGCAGUGUCUUGAGGAGCUCUCCGGGAGCGUUCCCGACUUUCCGGGCUUGCAGGAAAAGGCCGGCGCUUUGCUGGCGCAAAUAGAGGAUGGACACGGGAUGGCGGAGCGCGUGAGCCGAUCCGUGAGGCGGCUGGACGACAUCCAGAUGCGAGUACAGCGCGCCUUGGCGCUCGUGGAAGACGUCAUCAACCUCAGGGGAUGCGCAGAGGGAGUGCGCGCGGCCGUCCAAGCCGGCGACCUUGCGGAGGCGGCCACGUACGUUCGCAGAUUCCGGGAGAUCGAUGCGGGGGCGCUGGCUGACAGCGGCGAGAUGGUGGACAUGGACGAGGCCGUCAGGGGGCUCUCGUCGGCGGUGCUGGAACGCUUCGAGACUGCCGUGCUGGACAUGGACGAGCCGGGGAUAGCCGCGGCCUGUCCCCUGCUGGCACCGCUCGGCCUGGCCACGCGAGGCCAAGAGCUGUACCUGGGCUUCGCACGGCGAGCUCUGGAGGCGGAACUGGAGGCAGGGUCCGGCGACGGGUCGUUGCCCGCCACGCAAGGCCUUCCUGCGAUCUACAACACCUCGGCGGCGUUUUUGCGGAGGCAAGUACCGGUGGCGGCGGCGGGCCUGGCGCCGUGUCUCGGGGACGUCGCCCUCGUGCGCGUCGUGACCAGGGAAUGCGGGGAUCGGGCGGCGACCGUUCUCGAGAAGCAUCUCCGGGAGCAGUCGGUGGCGUCGUGGGCGGCGGACGGGGUGGAAGGGUGGGGCGUUGCCGGCGCGGCGGGCGGCGGGGGAGCCGCGGGCGGGACGGAAGGUGGUGGGGGUGGCGGGGGUGGCAGCGCUGCGGCCGCCGCCGCCGCGGAGGUGCUGGGAAAGGCGGAUGCGCUGCUGGAGGAGCUGGCCGUGCUGACCCAGCACACGGAGAGUUACGACCGUUUCGUCAAGUUUUUGGUGAUGGAGGUGGAAAGCGCCCACCCUUCGCAGGAAGAAUUCGACGCCACCAGAGCGCCUACCAAUGGGGAAGAUGGCGAGAGCAAGACAGCUGGCGGCGGCGGCGGGGCGGCGGCGGCGGAACGACCAUCGGUCCUGCCGGCUCCCAUCUUGGAGCCCGUCAUGCCGGCGAGGACGCGGCUCCAGGAGGCGGGGGCGGAGGUGGCGGUGUACUACUCCCAGAUAGAGGGGCAGCUCUUGGAGGCAUCGGUGUCGAAGGCGAUCGCGGUGGACGAGGUGGCCCCGGGCGCGGCGGCUUCCUCCUGCGCGGAGGACGCGUUCUUCGUGGCGCAGCGCUGCGCCAAGCGGGCCCUGGCGACGGGGCACGCCGGGGCUGCCUCGGCAGUGGUGAACCACGUCGGGAACACGCUCGGCGUCGACCUGCUGGAGGCGCUCGUCCGAAAGGUGAAGUCGACCCUCUCCACCCUCCCCGCCGGCGGGGGGGGCACGUUGGACUUGACGAUCAAGCAACUGGGGCAGAUCGACUUCACAGACCUGGCAUCUCUCAAGGACCAGCUGCAGAUGGACAACUGGGAAGGCAUGGGAGCGGGGCUUGCGAGCGACCUCACCUCGUCAGCAACAGCAGCAAUCAGCAACAUCCGGAGAACCGGCGCGGGUGCCGUCCCCGGCGUUUCCGGAGGCAUUUCCGCCGGCGGGGGGGGGCUCGGAAGCACUCCCGGGGGUGCGGGCAUGAGCGGUGCGGGGGGCGGGAGGCCCGACGCGUCGUCCGCCAUGAUGGGCGGGGGGGUGAGCGGCGGCGCCGGCGGCGCCGGCGGGGGAAUCGGGGGAAACAUGAACAGCAACGAGUGCCUGGUGUACGUCAACACCCUGGAGGCCUGCUCGACCUUCGCGGUGCGGCUCAGGGAGAUGCUGGAGCGGGACGCGUCCGCGGCGUUUGGGGGGGGUGCCGGGGGCGGGGGCGGCGGCGCCGGCCACGACGCGGAGAGGGUCAUGUCGUGCCUGCAGGGGCUGGGGUCAACGAGGGCGCUCUUCACGAGAGCCGCCAGCGACUGCCUGGAAGAGGUACUGAAUCGCCUGAGGCAGGUUCUCCGAACUGUCGUUUCCUCCCACCUCGGAGAGAAGUCGGCCGUGUCCUACCAGCUGAGCGAGAACCAGUACGCCGCCAACGAGGCCGAGGACCCCUACGCGCACGCCCUUGUGGAGUACCUCCGACUUCUGCUGGAGCCUUACCGACCGCCGGGCGGGCUGUCGGACUCCCUCUUCCUGGAGCUCCUUACCCUUGUGGCCGGGUACCUCGCCAAGCGCAUGGAGAUCGCGCUCAAGAAGCGCCUGUUCACGCAGCUCGGUGGACUGCAGUUGGACAAGGACCUCCGAUGCGUGAUGGGCUUCUUCACCCAGCAGGCCGGGCGAGGGGCCCGAGAACCGUUCUCCAGACUGGCUCAGAUGUCAUUGCUGUUGAACCUGGAGCGCCCGCAAGACGCAAUGGACUACUGGGAGCCGGGGUCUCCGCUUCAGGCGCAGCUUACGGCAGAUGAGGUGGUGAGCGUGCUCCAACAACGGGAGGACUUCGCCCGCGAGGAUCUUGCCUCUCUAGUUUUGCCAGAGUCCUACAAAGGAUAACGUCUGUUCUGUUGGUGCUCGCGGAGCUCUCCAUUUUAAGCGCCGCUUCUCAGGUCGUUGGAUUCGUGGUAUGAAUAGCUAUGACACGGAUGUAUUAGCACGAUUUACGCCAUACCAUGGUGGGGUUGGUGGUUCGUCGUUGGUGGAUACCCGUGCGUGCGCUCGCGGGGUUCGCUGCUAGUCCUCCAAGGUAGGCAUCGCGGGAUCUGUUUGCCGCGAAUAUGUGGCUGAAAUGAAGGAAUUGAAGCUGGAAUGCAAGUGUCCUGUGCCUACCCGACUUGUGUUGGGAAAUGACGGAUCGGAUUUC